ACGUACGAACCCAAUUUCGGCAUGCUGCCCAACUUUUCAAGCUAAUCUAUUGAGGAGUCAGAGACUGAAACACACGACAAAUUCCGAUCUCCUGUCAAAGGGCCGAAGCAGAAGGGGUUAGUAAACGCUCUGACACUUAUAAACGGAACGCAUAGACACACCAGCUUCAUCUUCCCACCCGCCCUUCACCGCGUGUUAAAAGUAGGGCCAGGCGAGUUCGGCCCCUCACCUCCCAAUACUUUAGUUCUGUGUGGCCACUGUUGGCUAUUUUAGUCGCUGCAAUUUUGUUCUCUUCUGUGACUCGAAUCUCACUCGCAUUCAUGCGUAUGUUCUUCCGACGAGGAGAGGUUCCUUGGGAAGUCGUCGGUACGAGACAUGUCGAAUGGGUUCCUAUGUAUGACGCAGAUGAGGUACUGGAUAUUAUCCGAGUCAAUCGCGCAGAUACUUCGAUCAAAUUCGUGCAUGACAUACAUGAGUUAAAGGAUAUGCGUCAAGCAGUGCAGGCUGCUCGACAACUGCUCAUCCAGCAUAUCCAGCAGAAGAGGUAUAACACGCUGCUAUCCGAAGGAUGGCAAGUAACAAUAUUGCGCAAAGGCAACAAACACCGCGUCGAAGUGACUUACAUUGGUCGGGCAGCGUAUGUCUCGGCCAAACCGCGGCCACAUUCGUCUCCGCCGUUUCUCGACGUAUUAGACUUCUAUAAGCGGGAUAUUAGCUCGAUGUGAUUGAAGGCGAAGGAACAUCGUUCGAUUAAAUCCUGCGGGAUGUACUGGGUUUAUACUGUAUUAUUAACAUAGAGACGGCUUGAAGUGCUCGGCUGUCUGUAUGCUACACCACUCCUAAUUUAUUAGUUCGCAUUCCAUCUGCCAAUGUCGAGGACUCACCCUUCC